AUGAAGCUCCUGCCUGCUGCCCCUCUCCUCCUGCUCCUCCUGACAACACUGGAAGCCAGACCAAAACCUGCAGGCGUGAAAUGCAGGACGGGUCCCCUGGACAUCGUGUUUGUGAUCGACAGCUCGCGCAGCGUGCGCCCCUUCGAGUUCGAGACCAUGCGGCGCUUCAUGAUGGACAUCAUCAGCAACCUGGACGUGGGCCCCAACGCCACACGGGUGGGGGUGAUCCAGUACUCCAGCCAGGUGCAGAACAUCUUCUCCCUCAAGACCUUCUUCACGCGGGCGGACAUGGAGAGGGCCAUCAACAGCAUCGUGCCGCUGGCCCAGGGCACCAUGACGGGGCUGGCCAUCCAGUACGCCAUGAACGUGGCCUUCAGCACGCAGGAGGGCGCGCGGCCCCCGCACAAGGGCAUCCCCCGCAUCGCCAUCAUCGUCACCGACGGGCGGCCCCAGGACCGCGUCACCGAGGUGGCCACGCAGGCCCGCAACGCCGGCAUCGAGAUCUACGCCGUGGGCAUCCAGCGGGCAGACAUGAACUCCCUGCGGGCCAUGGCCUCCCCGCCGCUGGAGGAGCACGUCUUCCUGGUGGAGUCCUUCGAGCUCAUCCAGCAGUUCGCCAAGCAGUUCCAGGACAAGCUUUGUGGGGUGGACAUGUGCGUGGAGAGGGAGCACGGCUGCCAGCACAGCUGCAUCAGCACCCCUGGCUCCUUCUACUGCGAGUGCAACCCAGGCUACAGGCUCAAUGGGGAUGGAAAGACCUGUUCCCCCAUCGAUGCCUGUGCUGACGGGAGGCACGGCUGCCAGCACCACUGUGUCAGCCUGCGGGGCUCCUACCACUGCCGCUGCCGGCCGGGUUACUACCUCAGCCACAACAAGAGGAGCUGCACAAUGAUUGAUUACUGCAGCUUUGGGAACCACAGCUGCCAGCACGAGUGUGUGAGCAUCCCCAACGGGCACUACUGCCGCUGCCGCAGCGGCUUCACGCUCCAGCCCGAUGGCAAGUCCUGCAGGGCCACCGACCUCUGCAACGGGGUGGAUCACGGCUGUGAGUUCAAGUGUGUGAGCACAGAGGGCUCCUACCACUGCGUGUGCCCUGAGGGCCAGCGGCUCCAGGCUGAUGGCAAGACAUGCAGCAAGUGUGGAGCUGGGCACGUCGACCUGGUGAUGGUGAUCGACGGUUCCAAGAGCGUGCGGCCCCAGAACUUUGAGCUGGUGAAGCAGUUUGUGAACCGUGUUGUGGACCUGCUGGAGGUGUCCCCGCAGGGCACGCGGGUGGGGCUGGUGCAGUACUCCAGCCGCGUGCGCACCGAGUUCCCCCUCAACAAGUACCACAGUGCUGAUGAGAUCAAGAAGGCCGUGAUGGAUGUGGAGUACAUGGAGAAGGGCACCAUGACAGGCCUGGCCCUCAAGCACAUGGUGGAGCACAGCUUCUCUGAGCAGGAAGGUGCCAGGCCUCUCUCCCACAACAUCCCCAGAAUCGGGCUGGUCUUCACAGAUGGACGCUCCCAGGAUGACAUCUCCGAAUGGGCCAGGAGAGCAAAGGAAUCAGGGAUUGUCAUGUUUGCUGUGGGUGUUGGGAAAGCUGUGGAAGAAGAGCUGAGAGCGAUCGCCUCCGAGCCAGUGGAGCAGCACUUCUCCUAUUCUGCAGACUUCACCACCAUGACCCACCUUGUGGAGAACUUCUCCCUGAACAUCUGCCCAGAGGAGGGCAAAGGCGAGACGGAGAUCCGGAGCCCGUGCGAGUGCGAGGCGCUGGUGCAGUUCCAGACCAACACCGUGGCCAUCCUGCAGAGCCUGACCGAGAAAAUUGCUCAGAUGACAGCCAGACUUGAAGACCUGGAAAAGCAGAUUGCCAACAAGAAGUGAUCCUGGCAGAGGGCUGCAGUGGUCAGCAGGGCACAGGAUGGAUGUACAGUAGCUACAUGACAUUGUUAUUGGCUAGGUUAUUGUAAAGCAUCAGUGUUUGUUCAUGUAUUGCAAAAUCCCCAGGGGGCUGUAUUUAAAAAAACCAAAAAUCCUAAAAACACACAAAAAGGAUCUUGAACAA